AUGAAUUCAAUAACUUUUAAAUGGGAAAACAGCUCAGAAGUCUAAACUAUACCAAUUUAAGGAAUCAAAAUCUAAGUAAGAGACCUAAGAGUCAAAAUUGAAUAAAUGUUCACAUCCAAGAAAGACGAUAUCCAAAUGCUUUAUGAAGAAAAGAUUUUGAAUAUUAGUGAUGAAAUUAGAAACAAGCAAAUGAUAAUAUUAGUUCGAGUUCCAAAAAGAAGAAAUAUAUGUCUUUCCUGUUUCUCUAGAGAUUUUGAAAUUUCAACUCCUUGUUGUUAAAAAUUCAUCUGCUCCACUUGUGAGAAUAUAUUUUGUCAGAAAUCCAAAUGUUUCUUCAAUAUCAAUUCCCAAUGUCAUUAUAAAUACACAGAAUCAUUUCAAACAUUUGUACCAGAGCCUCCCUGUAAUGAAUUCAUUACAUUCAAUUCUGUCUUCUACCUCAUGAAAUCAAAUAAAAAUAAUUUAGCUCAUGCCAAAAGAUUCUCAGUUUGGACAGUCAAAGAAAUCACGUACUUUAAAUUAGCGCAAGAAUGCAAUAUCCCUGCAAAUGUUAUUUUGAUUUUUAUUAAUAAUGAUGAAUUUGUUGGUUGUGCUAAAAUGAUCAAUCAACUUGUCGUAUAUGAUUAAUAAUUCCCUAAACUUAAGACCUUUAAAAUUCAAUGGCUAAGAAGAUAGUCAUCCAUCAAAACUAUUUAUGAUUUUCCAUCUUUUGAAUUGUAUGAGGGAUUCAAAAUUCAACAUAGCAUUGCAAAAGCCAUCUGUCAAACCUUUCCCAUUGGACAAAUGCAAGUUGAAGUUAAAUAAUAAUCAAGUACAGCUGAUGAAUGGGAUAUUGAUGAAAUUUUUAGAGAUUAAGAAGAAACUGUAAAAAAAGAUGAAUAAAUUCAGAAUAAUCAAAUCAAGACUUCUGACUUUUGUUAGUCUAAACAAGAAGUAAAAGAAAUAUCUAAAUAAGAAGAUAAAGAAACAUCUAAAUAAGAGGAUAAAGAAACAACUAAAUAGGAAGAUAAAGAGACAACUAAAUAAGAAGAUUAUGCUAAGAAUACUAAUAAUCUAAGCAAUAUUGUUCAGAUCCUUCAGACCACAUAAGUGUUAUUUGAUAAAAUUAAUAAUGGAUAGAUACCAGGAAUCAAAGGUGAUAAUAAAUAUACUCAUCCAAUUGUAAAAUAAUUAUGUUAUAAUCUUCUUUCAAAUACACUAUUAAAUAAAAAUAAUAAGAAUUAAUUCAAAAAACGAAAAUAUUCUAGAAGCAGCUCCAGCAGUUCAAGUAGUUCAAGUAGCUCUAAUAGUUCAAAUAGUUCUAGCAAUUCUAGUAAUAAGUCUGUUAUUUCCUCAUCAAAAAAAAAGGAAAUGCUUAAUAACAAAUAAAGUAAAGAAAAAAAAUAUUCAUGUUCUAAAAGAGAAAAAAAAUAAAAGAAAUGGAGAAGUAGUUAUAAAUAAAAAUUCUAAGAGGACAAACUAAAGAGCAGAAAAGAAUAUAAAAAUUAGAAAUAUGACAAAAAAUAAUCAUAUCACAGUGGUUCUAGAGAUAAAUCAAAAAAAUGA